AUGGGGAGGUUUCACGCCCGACUAUACAAAACCGACCGUGCGCGGGACUUCGAUCAUGAACAGGAUCGAUAUGUCCGCAUGCGCCAGAUAUACGAGACUAUCGACCGGCAGGGCUAUCAAUGGAUUGUCGUGCUGGUCGCUGGUCUCGGUUUCUUCCUUGAUGGUUAUACACUCUUUGCCAGUAACAUGGCUCUACCCAUGAUAUCCUACGUUUAUUGGAGAGACGAAGUCUCGUCGCUACGAGUGACUUGCAUCAACAUCGCAACUUUGGCCGGUACGCUAUUCGGUAUGGUGAUCUUUGGGUUUUUGGCAGACAAGAACGGCCGAAAGAAGAUGUACGGUGUAGAGCUGGUUCUUUUGAUUACGUCUACGCUGGGCGUGGUCAUGUCGUCGACCGGCGAGAAUGGCAGUAUGAAUAUCUACGCCUGGCUGAUCUGGUGGAGAGUCUGCGUGGGAAUCGGUGUGGGUGCAGAUUACCCAUUAUCUGCUGUGAUCACCUCCGAAUUCGCCCCUACGAAACAUCGAGCCCGUAUGAUGGCUAGCGUCUUCUUCAUGCAGCCGCUAGGACAGAUUGCGGGAAACUUGGUGGCACUGAUCGUCAUUGCUAUUGCUCGUAGCAAGGGCGCUGACGACCUCACACGCACUGUUGACAUUAUGUGGCGUUGGGUCCUUGGUAUCGGCGUCGUGCCAGGUGCUAUUGCAACUCUCUUCCGAUUUGCCAUUCCUGAGAGUCCGCGUUAUCUUGUUGAGAUUGAAGACGACCCUGUUACUGCCCAGUUUGACGCAACCACUCUAUUCAGCGACCAACCCUCGAGCCCUGCUUUUGACCAAUCUAGCUUUGCAACGGGAACUGGCAGUGCUAUCCAAUUACCACCCAUGUCAUCACUUACCAGUGACUCCAUCGAUGAGGACGAGGAAUGGAGUCGCCUGCCACCCGCGACUCUCAACUCUCACUGGCGCCUUGCACGUACAGAUAUCACCCGAUACUUCUGGACCGAAGGUAACUGGCGCAGCUUAGCCGGCACCUCUCUUGCCUGGCUACUUCUCGACUUUGGUUAUUAUGGUAUCGGGCUCUCCAGCCCACAGUUCUUGGCUAGAACAUGGGGUGCUCUACACAUUACCGGCUCGGCACCCUUUUGGGAGACCGAUAGCCGACCCGGCGCCACGGUCUACAAUCAACUCUUCGAUACCUCUGUCCGCGGUCUUGUCAUUUUGAAUAUUGGCAGCUUCGUCGGGGGUCUCCUUUUCAUUCUUUUCUCCCACCGCAUCGAUCGCGUCGCUCUUCAAAAGUACAUGUUCCUGGCUCUGGCAGCUCUGUUUAUUGCUCUGGGCAGCAUGUUCAUCAAUCUUUAUUCCGGCCCACCUGCCGUUGUCACUCUGUACAUCAUCGGCCAAAUUGUUUUCAACUUUGGCCCCAACGCAACAACUUACAUGAUCCCUGCUGAAAUCUUUCCUACCCGUUACCGCGGCACUUGCCACGGAAUCAGCGCUGGCGCCGGCAAACUCGGCUCUAUUCUCGUUCAAAUAUUCUCAACAUACUACCGCUUCGGCGGCGCGGAUGCCACUUCAACACGCCGUCACGGCAUCAUUCUUUUCGUUUUCAGUGCAUGCAUGAUCAUCGGCGCAGCAGUUACCCACUUCUGGAUUCCACCCUUGCAACAAAAGAAGGGCUCAAACCUGAUCUGGGGCGGCAAACCAUACACCCUCGAAACAUUAGCUCUCGGCCGCAUGGGCCGUAAGAGUCGCGAAAAUGAUUUGCGAAAGAGGGCGUCCCGACAACGUGCGAUGUCUUUCAGUGGCUAG